AUGAACAUAAAUACUUCUAAUUUGUCGUUCUUAUUCACUUUAUCGGCUUUAUCGUUAGCUGCAGGGUACUAUAUAGGUCAAGUUUGUCCUACAGCGACCUUUAACAAUGUUUCACCAACAAAUGCUAUAUUAUCAGAAGAGCGUAUAAAACAAAUUAAAGCAAAAGCUUUAUCUUCAGAAAAAUCAUCACCAGUUGAUGAAGACUAUGAUUCAGAAUGUGAUGAGGAUGACGUUGAAAUUGACUCGAAAUGGUUGAAUGAUAUACCGGGUGAAGUUAGGAUGGCCCUAGUAAUUCGUCAGGAUCUUCCUAUGACUAAGGGCAAAAUUGCAGCACAAUGUUGCCACUCAGCAUUGGCAACCUAUAGAUUAAUGGCCGAAAACCCUGAACGCAGCUCAUAUAAUCCUGAGUUGCUGUCAAGAUGGCUGCAUGGGGGCCAAGCUAAAAUUACACUAAAAUGUCCUGACAAAACAGUUAUGGAUGAGCUUUAUGCUAAGGCUAUGGCGUACAAUGUCAAUUGCUAUAUUACGCAUGAUGCAGGAAGAACACAAAUCACAUCAGGUACUGCUACUGUGUUAGGUUUGGGCCCAGCUCCAAAAGCUGUGUUAGACGAAAUCACGGGAUCUCUAAAGCUAUAUUGA